CUUGAAGUGCUGCUGGCGGGUGAUUGUGUGCGCUGCUGUAGCGCAGAGGGAGAGAGAGGAGGGGUCUUGGGGCGCAGGAGGUCUCCGGUUUCCCCAAACAAUAGUCGACAGGACGCGAUGGUCGCCUUUUUUUUUUUUUUUUGGAAACCGCAGGGAACUUUAGGACCCUCAUCGGCCCUAUUGUUGUCCUCACCGAGGCCACGUAGCUCUGUGUAACGGUUUUAAACGUGGUGGAGAGAGACUCGUGUUUAUAAAUGUUAGAGAAUGAAACGUUCAGAGAGAGAGGGAGGGAGAGAGAGAGGGAGAGAGAGAGAGAGAGAGAGAGAGAUGCGCAUGGAGGAAAGGAACCGCGUCCAGUUUGAUUGUAGGCCGACGGUUUGGGAUUUUUCUCCUCGCUGAAGGACCGCAGGGAAUUUCGAGUGCGUUCAUUCAUUUACAGUGUUGGAGAAGCGAAUGCGGAAGAGAGGGCACGAGCAUUUUUUGGGGGGGAUAAUUUGGCAUCAGGACGCGGACCAGUGGGGCCUGGGAGUCUCCCAUUGUCCUGCCCGUACAACACCCUCCUUUCCUUUCAUUUUGUGGGUCGCACAACUCUUUAUUUUGGCCCUAAAUGCUCCCGGAUCCCUCACAGUAAGUCCGCCUCUUUGUAGCCUUUUGUGCAUGUGGAGACAUUGUUGAAUUAUUGAUCCACGUUCCCUCAUCCGACAACAGUGGGAGGAUACGAAUGUGUCCAAAUUGGCUCUCGCGUCGUUGUUGCGCCGAUCAGACUGAAACAGUGUAACGUUGCAGCAGUAGCAACAGGCCUGGUGUCCUCAGCUGUGUGUGCUAGAGAACAAGAGAAACACACCGUAUGCUGCUAUAAAUACACAUUAGAGGGAGACAGAGGAGCACAGUACACUAUAAACUGCGUCCAGAGGGACUGUUGCAGCGAUAAAACAGGCCAUAAUAAUACCAUCAAGUACAGUAAUAUCACAGUGCAGCUGGUUCACUACAGGGGUCUGUUGACACACAUGGAUCGAAACAGCCUGUAGGAGAAUCACUAUGAAUGUUAGGUUUGUAUACGUGUAAUAAUGUCCAGUAGGGCCUUAACUAACUCAUCUUAUUUUAAUCAUUAGGUCAAUUAAAAUUUCAAGAAAUAGUGAGUGUUUUCUAUUAAGUAUAGAACUCUUCCAUCUGUAGAUCAUCUAGUGAAUGCACCAUUGAAAGGCAUGCUGAUGAUGUUGUUGUUGAGGUUUUUAAAUGUCAUUUUUAAACGCUGAGUGAACCACUAAUUGGAUCGCACUCAGCGUCCGCAGAAAAUAUCUCAAAACCUGUGCAGGGCCGUCAUAGAAUAAAUCCAUUCUCAGUCGAGUAACACUCAGACUGUCGACUAAUUUAAUCCACAAGAAUCAUGUCAAAGCACCACUUUACACCCUGUGUUCACCAGAGAUGUGCUCAUAAGAGGGGGCCGCCCUAAACCCGAGGAGAUAACGCUGAAACUAUAUUAAACACAGCUAUAGGGCUAAUAUUGUUUAUGGUUUGGCUGAACUGACCCUUAAACAUGUUUGUCUAACUGGAUUUAUUAUGAAAUCUAUUCGCCCCCACGCCGUCUAAUGGACUGGAGUCCUUCAUCUGAACCACAUCCAUCUCAUCUCGGCCCAUCGAGCCACUUCCUGUCCCCUCAAUACUUUGUUUGGAUAUUAAGACAGAUUGUGUGCAGGGGGCUCUCUGACACACAGCGCUGACCAGAGGACAGGCCUGUUGAUUCAACCAUAUCCUGUUAGAUUUGCACACACACACACACACACACACACACACACCUGCUCCGGUUUGCUAGCCAUGUGUGCACAAAGGCUGACAGUAGCAGUUGUCUUGUUUUUGCUGGUUUUACUGAUGUCGUUUUAGGCAGCAGUGGGUGGUGGUCAGCCCUGUGUGUGUGUGUGUGUGUGUGUGUGUGUGUGUGUGUGUGUGUGUGUGGCCCCGGUACAGGGAUGAGCCUCUUCCCCUGCAGGACCCUGGGUGUGUGCACCCUUAUUUUCACAGUUGGCACAUCGGGCCUCAAAUGGCUGCUGAGCGGAGCUGGUCAUCUCAGAGACGGCCCAGCUUGCCUUCCCACUCUGACAGCUGCUGCCCAGAGCUCAGAAUGUUUGAUGAAAGCUUGAUUUGCCUUUGGGGGGAAAAAGAGGCUGUAAAAUCCGACAUCUGCUUGUUUCAAAUGUAACGUGACGCGGGCUGCAUGUUCACGGCAAAAUUCCUGAAUCAUUUUCGUCGCCAAUAAAAGUCAGUCGGAGCGAUUUAUUGAGCAGCAUGAACUCACUUUUUAAUAUCAACAUCUUCACUUUUUCAAGGCAAGUUGAGUUUAUAUGUACGUCACAUAUUUCUUACUUAAAAACUUCACAUAAACAGGAGGUAUUUGAUAAGAAAUACAGGCAUUUAAACACCAAAUAAAGGCUUAGAAAUCAUUUUUAAAGCAAAAAUAAGUGGAAAGCAAAACAUUUUUUAAACUACAACAAAACUUAUGACAGAAAUAUAGCUCUAAUAUUUGUAAACAAUAUUUAAAAGCAUGAGGUCAUGAUUGGGGAUGGUUACCAGACCAAAGUGUAGAAAAGAUAUAUACAUUUUGAAUUAGAUUUAAAAAAUACUUUGAUUGGAGUACAUUCUAUUUGAAGUUUAGUUAGUGACUUGUCAAAAAAUGUCUUGGGUCAGUGGGGUUUUGGUGGUGACUCAGCAUCUUUCAGUGUUUCUAGAAUCCUGGCUAUACGGCCUCAUUGGGAGAGAUGUCCCGUGAAAACAGUUGUCUUUGCUAUCAGUUAAUGAUAGAUAUUAAACAGUUUUACAAUCCUUUUGGCCCGAGCCAAAAACCGUGGCACUCGUAGGCGUGACGCCCGACAUCGUCGCUGUUUACUCUCAGACCACACACACCUACGCAGAUUACUGAACCGGCCUGUUGUGUGCAAACUCUGUUAAAAAGCUGCCCAGAGCGUGAAGUGAACAAAGGUCAUUUUCUUUUUUUAGAAGCCAGACUUUGACUUUGAGGCUGGGUGGUGAGAAAUGAACGAGUUAAAAUACCCUGAAGAAUCCCACCACUGUUUGAUUCACGAGGAACAGGAACCGAUACUGUGUUCGUAGAAGAAGUCGAUCAAAAGACACGAACGACGACGGGUUGUUGCUUGUGUUCAGAUACUUAUUCCAAUACUUUAAUUUAACUUUAAUGUUGCCAUGCUGACUGAGGUGGACCAUGAGGACCCUGGUGAAGCUCAUUAAGUAGGCCAUAGGAAACUGGGAUGAAUAGGAAACCUUAUCCAUCUCAGCGCUGGACCACACCCCUGAAGAUCAAGCGCUGUGUCAUAUUCUCACGAACCGUCUGACUGGUUGGCAGACGGGCACAGUUGUUGCACGGUACAUCGGGUUCAACCCAGUGCUGCUCAAGGAUCAGGAUCACAGUCUCCUCAGCUCUCCCCUGCUGCGACUCUCCUACCCCUCUUCUCCUGCUCUCCGUAGCCUCCCCCGCUCUCCCGCCUCCCUUCUCCUGCGCCCUCCUCGUCGGCCUCCAAGAUAGAUUCCCUCAGGAGCAAGGUUGACCUGCUCAAGCUGCCCCUGGCUCUCACCACCAAGUCCAUCUCCGAGCGCAAGAGCCAGCUGGGAGGAGUCGGCGAGCAGCGGCGCACGGGUGGAGGAGGAGGAGGAGGAGGAGGAGGAGGCGGGCUUCGUAAAGCCUGCUCGCCGCCGACCCGAGACAUGGACAACGAGUCGCAGUACUCGGGCUACUCAUACAAGUCGUCCCACUCCAGAAGCUCCCGCAAGCACAGGGAUCGAAGGGAUCGUCACCGCUCAAAGAGCCGAGACAGCAGCAGUCGUGGAGACAAAUCCGUCACCAUCCAGACUCCCGGAGAACCGCUGCUCGAUGCCGAGUCGACCCGCGGAGAAGAACGGGAUGAUAACUGGGGUGAGACCACCACGGUCGUCACCGGCACCUCAGAUCACAGCAUCUCUAACGAGGACCUGACCCGCAUCACCAAAGAUUUGGAGGAGUCGACUCCGCUGGAGUGCAAGCGCUUCGUUGGCCCGGCUCUGGGAGGCUGCCUGAGCUUCUUCGCCCUGGUCACGCCUUUAGCCUUCCUCAUCCUCCCGCAGGUGCUGUGGCGUGACGCCCUCGAGCCCUGCGGCACGCCCUGCGAGGGCCUCUACGUCUCCCUGGCCUUCAAGCUCCUGGUCCUGCUCAUCUCGUCCUGGGCGUUGUUCCUCCGGCCUCCUCGCGCCACGCUCCCGCGCUUCUUCGUCUUCCGCUGCCUGCUGAUGGUGCUGGUGUUCCUCUUCAUAGCGUCGUACUGGUUGUUCUACGGCGUGCGGGUGCUGGAGCCCCGGGAGCGGGACUACAGGGGGAUCGUGGAGUACGCCGCCUCGCUGGUGGACGCCCUCCUCUUCAUUCAGUACCUGGCUCUGGUGCUGCUGGAGGUCCGACACCUGCAGCCGGCCUUUUGCCUCAAGGUGGUCCGGAGCACGGACGGAGCCAGCAAGUUCUACAACGUGGGCCACCUCAGUAUCCAGCGGGCGGCCGUCUGGGUGCUGGACCGAUAUUACAGCGACUUCUCCAUCUUCAACCCGGCCCUGCUCAACCUGCCCAAGUCCAUCCUGUCCAAGAAGAUGACCGGCUUCAAGGUCUACUCCCUGGACGAAAGCACCACCAACAACUCAUCGGGCCAGUCGCGGGCCAUGAUAGCAGCUGCUGCCCGGAGGAGAGACAACUCCCACAACGAGUUCUACUACGAGGAGGCCGAGAUGGACCGCAGGCUCCGCAAGCGCAAGGCCAGGUUGGUGGUGGCGGUGGAAGAGGCCUUCACACACAUCAAGCGUCUCCACGAGGAUGAAGUGGCCUCGUCCCCCAAACACCCUCGGGAGGUGAUGGAUCCUCGGGAGGCGGCUCAAGCCAUCUUCGCCCCGAUGGCCCGAGCCAUGCAGAAAUACCUGAGGACCACCCGGCAGCAGGCCUUCCACAGCAUGGAGAGCAUCCUCACACACCUGCAGUUCUGCAUCACACACAACAUGACGCCAAAGGCCUUCCUGGAGCGAUACCUCUCCCCCGGCCCCACCAUGCAGUACCAGCAGCAUACCGGCAGGGGGCGCCAGUGGACCUUGGUGAGCGAGGAGCCGGUGACCUCGGCCCUGCGGCAGGGCCUCGUCUUCUCGCUGAGACGCCUGGACUUCUCCCUGGUGGUCACGGUGACGCCGCUCCCCUUCUUGCGCCUCGGGGAGGAGUUCAUCGACCCAAAGAGCCACAAGUUCGUCAUGAGGCUGCAGUCGGAGACCUCGGUGUGAAGGGUCUCCCCUUCCCCCCCCCUCCCCCCACGCUGUCCUCUCUUCGUGCCCGCUCCUGCUGGAUCACUGAUGUGGCGGGACAUGUGGAGGCCAUGUGGUCCACUCACAUCCAAUCAAAGACACCAUUCAAGGAGAGGAGAGUCUGAAUCCUCCUGUUUUUAUGAUCAUCACAGACGCUCUGAUAUCAAACUGUGAUCAGCUCAACGAUUGUUCAAACCUGGAACUAAACAGAUGCCUUGACUUUUACUCCUCCUGCGUUGUGACGUCUUCGUCUUUUACGACACGCUGUAAAAAAAACAACAACAAAACACUUUUUUUUUUCUAAAGGGGACUUUUUUCUCUUUUUGCCUCAUCUGUUGCCGUGACCACUGGACUACUUUACUGUGCUGACUCAACACAUGAACACAGAGGAGGAGGAUUACAUCACAUGUGUCACUUCCUCUUUCUUGUGUCUUAAAGACUAACUGGAGCUCAGCUCUGACUGUGACGCUGGUGAACCACUGCCUUUCUGCUCCCUGUCAGAGCUUUCUUUAAGAUGACAAGGACUGUUUUUAUAUUAAAGGGUGUGACUUUAUUCUUCUUUUUUUUUGCACACUUACAGAAUGUAGCAUUAUGUGCUUUGAAAUAACACAUGGCUUUCUUUUUUUUGUUGUGGUCUGAAGGCCAAAAUGUCUUUUAUAUCUGACUGUAAAGAAAAAUGGAAGAACAUUCCCGAGCUUCUCCAGACUCUCUCUGUUCAUGAUUGUCUAAAUAUGCAGGUUUUGUUUUUACUCUACACUGGCAUUUAUACUAUUCAUUUGACAGUUUUAACAAGAAGACUAAACAAAGACCCCAUUGGUGCCUGUUAUUAUCAUGCAAUCUUAAUCAGCUUACUUUACCUGGAUAAGGACGUUAAAGCGUAAGCCUGGCGUUGUGUUCUGAGUUCUUCUUACUGUCAACAGCUCCCAUGAAAAUACCAGAAAACCAAUAAUGUGUUUCAAUACUUGCUGGCUUCUCUUUCACUUUCUGGAAGUCUUUACUUCACAAAUAUAUGCUUUAAUUCAAUAAAAAUGAGCCUGAAGACGAACAGCUGGGCACAAACUACUAAAACUGGAGUAAGGCUCUAUUUUAAGCCACUGACUAAUGUACGCUAGUGAGAAUUACAUUAAUAUGUCACCCAGUGCAGCUGUGGUAGCUAAUGGUUUCCUAUCAGGCUUUAGUUACACUAAUAACAUGGUGUAAUGAAGAUCAAUAUAUUUUUUGUUCCUGGUCUCUUCAUGGGAUUCGUUGAGAAUAAGAAACGUUUAGAUGAUAUCUGGACUUCUAAUUUUUUGAUGGAAGGCGUGACUGCGUGCAUGAACUACUAAAUCUACUUCCUAUGUAUCGGCUAAACCAGAUAUGGAGGUGGUCUGGAUUGCAUCGUGAUUGGAUGUCAACAAUAUGCGCAUGCAAUUUGUGACAGAUGUUGUGACACAUAAAAAAGGAAAAAAAAAAUUUUUUCACGACACCACUUCCUGCCACCCACAAGCUGCCCGGCAGGCGAUCCCUCCCCCUGCGAAGGACUAAUAGAGCUUGAAACGUCUUCCUCAGCCCGAGGUUCAACUCGUUGUUGUUUCUGAAGCUCUCAGCCUCAUCUCAGGGCAGUCCUCGGUGGAUGGAGUUGCUCAGUUGUCAUUGUGACGGUUGGAAGAGGAGGCCGUCGUCACGGACUUUGGUUAUGAUCUCAAACCUCGUAUAUGAACAUACUUUAGGUCUCACCAGGACAUUUAUCCCCAUGACACCUGAGCAACUCUCUAUAGUGCUACAACUAUAAAUAUAAUGUAUAUAGUACAACCAUACAUAUAUUCUAUAUAAUGUAUUUAUAGUAAUACAACUAUAUCUGAAUUGUCAAAGAUAGAACAACAAAGGUGUGAACCUUUUAUGAAGACGGAGACGGACCUUUAUAUGAUAAGAUAUUUUAGAUAAAUGAGAUCAAAAACAUAAGCGUGUGAACAAACGAUCGAUGAAAUCUUUUCAGGAAGUAAACAAGGUCAAAAGACAUCAGAAAACAUGUCGUCUCACAUCAUAACAGACAGCGGUUAUAAAACAAGGUUAAGAUACAACAAUGUAUUUAAUAGAAGCUUGAUUCUAAAAACAUGUUGACUAAAUCUAAAAAGGAAUAACAUCUGGCAGCCAUUGUUGAGAUGUGGUUGAAAGCUUUAGAGAACUUCCAUUUAAAGAUGUACACGCCGUUAACGAGUCCUGAGCUCAAUUAACAUGUUCAUAUCCAAUCACAAUGCAGCAUCGAGCCAACAAGAACACCUGUUCAUAGCAGGUGUAAAAGCACAGACCUGUGAUCAGAUGUCAAUGGCCAGAUUAACGUUUCCAGUCCGCUUGUUAAUAGCAGGUGUAAAUGGGUCUAUUCUUUUUAUGUCUUUUACAAUAUACACAUAAGGAAUUCAGUCCUGAACAGGCAGCUGAAGUUAAACUAUCAGCUGACUUUUAUGGUUUUAUUUAUUUUAUUUUUUUGCAUUUCUAACAAAAGAUCCCAAACCAGACGUGUGAUUGUAACUCCUCUCUGCAGCUCCUCUGCAGCGUAUCACCGCACUCGCCUUGUGCCACGAGCUGAACCGAGCACAGAGAACACGCUGCCUCCAUCCGACAGCCUUACUCUCCAGAUGUGGAGGAGCAGCGGUGGGGCACACCUGUCCCCACACUGACUACUCCUCCUCCUCCUCCUCCUCCUCCAGGUCCCAAAACCUACUGUAACGCCAAAACUCGCCUGAUGUUGAGACUUGAGCCGAUCUGUCGCAUCACCCUAGUUUGUUGAGCCACAACGCGACGGACUCUUUUUCUUUUUCCAGUGAAAAUAUGGUUUAAAAAGCCUGUUACAUUUACAAAACAUCCAAAUACCAGGUCCAAUUCUAAGUGAUCACAAUGCAGAUGUUUUUAAAGAUGCAUGCUAAAUAUAUUCCGGGUUUUUAAUAAUAACUUGUUUUCUAUCAUUUUGAAGGUUAAGUUAUGACGAUGCAAUUUUCCGAAUGUUUUUACUUUUGAAAAACAAGCGGCUUGUAAAAAAUAUUUGUAGAUUUGUCUUGUAUUUUCCUCCUUUUGGUAACUGUAGCUUGUGUAGUGCGAUAGGCCUUUUUCCAUUAUUAAACCA